AUGGAGGCGUUGAAUGCUGGUUCCAAGGAUGGUGGUGACGCCGUUCACAUGCUUGAGGGUUUUAUGGAGAAUGUGGCUGCAGCACGUGCGUCCGAGAGAGAGGCACUGGAAGCUUUGAGGGCUUCAGAAAAUGAACUGGAAGAAUUGAAGGUGCUUGCGGCUAACGAACAGGAUAGGCUUAAUGCCGAGGUGGGUUCGCACAUAACGGAGAAGGAAAAACUGGCGGAGGACCUUGCGCAGAGGGAGGCAGAGAAUGAGAAGCUGGCAGAGGACCUUGCGCAGAGGGAGGCAGAGAACGAGAAGCUGGCGGAGGACCUUGCGCAGAGGGAGGCAGAGAAUGAGAAGCUGGCAGAGGACCUCUCAGACAAGGAGGCAGAGAAUGAGAAGCUGGCGGAGGACCUUGCGCAGAGGGAGGCAGAGAACGAGAAGCUGGCGGAGGACCUUGCGCAGAGGGAGGNAGAAUGUGGCUGCAGCACGUGCGUCCGAGAGAGAGGCACUGGAAGCUUUGAGGGCUUCAGAAAAUGA